AUGUCUGUAAAGCAGCGCAUGACCCCGAACGUUACUGGUCUUGAUUCUAUUCACGCCUUCUCUGUUCCCACUUUCAGUCUGGCAUGUAUUCGGGCCAGUGUGGCGAUGGGUCUACGUUUGUUCCUCACGCAACUCACUCCGAAGCAAAUGGAACUAGGUCAAUUGUCUUCUGUGGAGCCGAUGGACAUAUGUUCCACAGACGCGACCUCUUGUCCCCCCGGAUCGUUUUGUGAAGUGAAACUGUCUGAAGUACGUAGUGGUUCGCACGCUGUGUCACAGAUCGAAGCAGUCCUCACCGUAUUGUCCUGA